UCUCAAAAUAACCUAUAAAAUCGUAGCAGUCAUUGAAGUACGUUAUCGGUUAAUUAUAGGGUACCAAAGAGCGCUGAAAGCGACAGAUUUAUUUUUAACUUCUUUGGAAAAUACAAGCAAAGAAAAACUAUUUGUUUGGUUACUCCAGUUACGAGUGCAACGGUGAAAUCUAGUGAAAAAUUGUUGAGCAUGAUAUACGAGAUCAUCUAGCUAGUACAUCUAGAGCUCGUUAGAGGAUCCUAAGGAUAUAUUGACUUUUUAUUCAUAAACAUCGAUGACAAAAAAUCGAUUUUUUCUAGCUGAAUAUCGAUGUUUAUUAAACAUAUUAUUAUUAAACAUCGACAUCCCUAUUAGUCUAUGAUAUACACUACAUCUGACUACAUUUUACAUUUACCCAAGUCUGUUAUGCAUGACUUAAUACUACUACAUAUUUUUUUAGGUCUUUUAAAUUUUAUUGAUUCUUAUCUACCAUACUAGUUUAAAAUGAAAAUCAAUUCAAGUGCAAGUAAAUCAAUAUAACUUUUAUUAACCUAACCUCAAAGUCAAACUAAUAAUCUCGAAAUGGCUACAAAAUUCGACGCUGCGGCUUAUAAUUUCCGAAAACAGUGUCCCUACAUAAGAAAAGACUUACUAAGAUGGUUUCCGGGGCACAUGAAUAAAGGCUUAAAACAAAUGCAGAGAAAGCUGAGCAGUGUUGAUUGUGUCAUUGAAGUUCACGAUGCCAGGAUUCCUUUUUCUGGACGAAACCCUAUAUUUACAACGACUUUAACAGGCGCCAAGCCUCAUAUUCUAGUUCUCAACAAGAAAGAUUUAACUAUAAACUCACUAAUACCUAGAAUAAAAGAUCAACUUAAGGCUGAACAAAAAAUAGAAAAUAUAGUGUUUACAAAUAGUAAAGAUCAGAACUGUCGUGGUCUAAAGGCUCUCAGACCUCUAAUGGUAGACCUGAUUAAAGGCUCUAACAGAUAUAAUAGAAGUGAGGAGCUAGAAUAUAACGUAAUGAUAAUUGGAGUGCCAAAUGUUGGCAAAUCAUCCUUGAUAAAUAUGCUUCGUACAAGGAAUAUGCACAUUAGGCAUGCACUGCCCGUGGGUGCUGUGGCGGGAGUCACUAGGAGUGUUAUGACGAAAAUGCGAAUUAAUAAUGACCCUAAAAUUUUUAUGUUUGACACACCCGGUAUUUUAGAACCAACAGUGACAGAUGUUGAAAUGGGGUUAAAGCUUGCGCUUUGUGCAUCAUUACAAGAUCAUCUUGUGGGUGAGGAAGCCAUUGCAGACUACCUGCUGUACUGGUUAAAUAAGCACUCCAAGUUCAAAUAUGUUGACUAUAUGGGUCUUAUGGAACCUUGUGAUGAUAUUAACAAGGUAAAAGGUUUUUAUAACUCAAAAAGAAUUAAAUCUACUUAUCAACAUGGAAAAUCUCACAAUAUAAAUGCCCAUAUAUUACUGUGGCUCAAUAAUUGUAAUAAUAUUAAAGCCUUUAUUUCGCACAUAAUUCAUCAGUAUGUCCUGAAUCCAUCCUUGAAUUUGGUGAUCUUGUGUAGAUCAGAUGCAUGCAUCUUAUCUCUCAUUUUGUAUCCAAGAAUGCUCCUUAUCCAUACUUCACUGGGCAGUUCUUAAUUGGUUUUGGAGUUUUUAGGUAUUUUCAUGUUUGACAGCCAUAUGGGUAAUACACAGUUGUUGGAGAUUCACAAAUUCUAUUUGUUCAUUAUCAAUAAGUAUUAUUUUUUCAAUAUUGUUUGUCAUCACCUUGGAUUUCAACUUGUUGAUUGUUAGGCCCAUUUCUUCACUUUUGCUAGCUAGGUCUUGCAGCAUAAAUUGGAUUAAAAUAGAUUCAGUAAUUUUGGAGUUAAUCAGUGACAUACAUUAUGACAUGAGAAUUUUAUAAUUUUUACAGGUGCUGUUAGCAGGUGCAAUAAAAUUCAACCGUGUGAGAAGGACUCGUGACUUUGAUGGACGUGUGAGAGAUGUGCCUGAUCUGGUAGAGGUUGCCCGGACCAUGAUCAAGGCUUUCCGCACUGGUGAUCUCGGCAAGAUGCUAUUAGAUAUAGAAUUACUGAACUUAACAAAGGAUGACUCUAGAGAUAGUUAGCAUAAGUUUAAGAUUGAUGCAGACAGAUGACAGAAAGCCAUUUGAAUACCAAUAAAAAUCAAAUCAACCUAUUGAUUGAUUUGCCAUCAUAAACAGUUAGUGUUAUUAAUAAACAAAGUUUAGCGUCAGAGUAAAUUUACGCUAUAAUUGCUAUUUAAGUAUUAGUCCAAAUUCAUAUUAUACAGAGAAUAAGCAAACCUACUACCUUCUAGGGGUAAAUAUUACUCCCAUAGUACCAUGUACUAGGUUAACCUUGUAAAUUCACUCCAACGUUAAACCUUGUUUAUUAAUAACACUGCUAAUGUUUACCGCGUUACCAUAAGCCCUGAUUGAUGUGUCAAAACGAACUGUCACUGUCAACAAACCAACCAGUAUUGUCUGUCUGUCCAAUGCUAUACAAAUCCUGAUCGGUAUGCUUACAGAUUACCUGCCAGAUGUGACAGAUCAUUCAGAGCUUUAUUUGAACAGAUCAAUCAGUGCUUCAGUUGCGCCUUUGAGCCGUCAGUCCUUCCUUCCUGAUCUUAGUCUGUUGUAAAAUUGUAUAUAGUUUUUGUAAAUAUACUUAGGUAGUUAAAUAAAUAAAGAUUUAACAAUGU